AGAUUUAGCGGCUUCAGCUCAGACAGUCCCGCACACAGUGGUGUGUAUUACGGUGUCAAAACGCGUUUAAAAGUAACUUCAGAUAUAGAAGCUGUUUGUAAGUGACAGAAACAGUAAACAUGUAAGGGCUAACAUCACACUACUGUCGCUACCGCUAAACAAGUCUGACUUUUUCAGAGAUACAGCGGGUAUGCUAGCCGGUCGCUAGCCGAAUGCUACCGUUAACCUCGCCUGGGACAACGUGAUCAUUGAUUCUGUUUAUUUGAUUGCUCUUAAAAAUGAAGUGUCACUAUGAAGUGUUGGGUGUGAAACGUGACGCGGGAGACGAUGAUUUGAAGAAAGCUUAUCGUAAAUUGGCCUUGAAGUGGCAUCCUGAUAAAAACUUGGACAAUGCAGAGGAAGCAGCAGAGCAGUUCAAGUUGAUUCAGGCAGCUUAUGACGUCCUGAGUGACCCACAGGAGAGAGCUUGGUAUGACAAUCACAGGGAGGCUUUGCUGAAAGGAGGGCUCAGUGGGGAUUAUGAAGACGACAGCAUUGACCUGCUGCAGUACUUCACAGUCACAUGUUACUCAGGCUACGGAGAUGACGAGAAGGGCUUUUACACCGUUUACAGGAAUCUUUUUGAGUCCAUUGUUAAGGAGGAGAUGGAACACAGCAAGGUGGAAGAUGAGGAAGAGGAAGAGGAGUUUCCUCCCUUUGGGGACUCGCAGAGUGAUUACGAUACCGUAGUGCAUGUGUUUUAUGGCUACUGGCAGAGCUUCUGCACUCGCAAAAACUUUGCUUGGAAGGAGGAGUACGAUACGAGGCAGGCCUCCAACCGCUGGGAGAAGAGGGCCAUGGAGAAGGAGAACAAAAAGACUCGAGAAAAAGCUCGAAAGGAGCGCAACGAUCUGGUGCGACAGCUGGUGGCCUUUGUGCGUAAGCGCGACCGCCGCGUGCAGGCCCACAGGAAACUGGUGGAGGAGCAGAAUGCCGAGAAGAUUAAGAAAGUGGAGGAGCUGAGACGGCAGCAGAAGCUCAAACGGGCCAAACUGGCAGAGGAGUAUAAGGAGCAGAGCUGGGCGGCCAUGUCUGAACUCGAGAAGGAGCUGCAGCAGAUAGAAGCUCAGUACGGAAAAGAGUUUGGAGAUGCAUCUGAAAGUGAGGAAGAGGAGCUGGAGAAGAACAGCGAAGAGGGCGGAGAGGCCGAGCAGCCGGAUGGAGACGAGCUGACGAUUGACGAUUACGAUGAUCUGUACUGCCCAGCGUGCGACAAAUCCUUCAAGUCAGAUAAAGCCAUGAAAAACCACGAGAAGUCCAAAAAGCAUCGGGAGAUGGUGGCUUUGCUAAGGCAACAGCUGGAGGAGGAAGACGAUGCACUUGGUUUGCAUCUGGAGGGAAGUGAGAAUGAAAAUGAGGGGGAAGAGGAGGAAGAGGAAAAGCCAAGGCAAAAGCUCUCCAAAAAACAGAAGCGGAAAAGAAAACAGCAGAAAGCGUCCCCACAAAGUGCUCCAGGGGAGGAAGACGAGGAAGAACCAGCACUGACCACCUGUGAGGAAGAUGCCUCCAAGAAGUCAGCAGCAGACCCCACGGAGCCUGAGAAGCAGGAUGAUCUACCUCCCACAGAGGUCAAGAGCACUGGGAAGACGAAGGGAAAGAAGGGAGGAGGAAAAGACAAACCAAAGAACGUCAAGCAGCACACAGGAGAACAGUUUCCUGAGAAGGAAGUGAACCUCCGUUGUGUCACUUGCAAUAAUGAGUUCUCCACAAGAAACAAGCUGUUUGACCAUCUGAAGUCCAGCGGCCACGCUACAGCCCUCUCCGGAAAUACUCCUCAGGGCUCCAUGAGCAAGAGCAAGAAAGACAAGAAGAAGAACAGAUAACACAUCCUGACCUGGACUUUUGAACUUGAAAGAGCUUCACUCAGCAGGGACACUUAAAGGCUUAAAAAACAAAACAAACAAACCUCUAAAGAGGUCUAAAGUGGACAGCACUGGCUGACUCGUAGCUUUUUGUUUUGUUUUUUAAUUACACUAUAAUGUUCAGUAAUACAGUUGUGUCAAAAAGUGAAUCGUCCAGAAUGGAAUGAUUAAAACUUUCCGAGCAGCCUUUCAUAACUUAUGACAGCCUUCAUACUGAAACCAGUUGAGAGAAAGAGUUUUUGAUGUGUAUGUGAUACUUCUAUCUCCAAUAUUAAAUCUGUACAUCUCCAGGAAA